UAAUAAUAAAAUCGCACUCUUGUACGUUAUAUCGUUGAAAUGCCGUUCACCAAUUUAUGAUCGAUUAAUAAAAAUUUUCGAUGUCAUAACAUAUUAUACUCAAUUAGGGGAUCGGGCCUUUGUGAAACGUCAGAGAAACCAAAACACAUUUAAUAUAUCCUAUUGUUCGCUUAUUCAAUAUAAUAUUUUUGGAAUUUAAAUAUAUCAAAAUGUACAGAAAUUCUCAAUAUUUGCUGUAUUCGACUACAUUACUGUUCUCAUUUCUCGUAACUACUAUAUCUAUAAUUCAAUCGCCACCAAAUAUCGUUAAAGAACCAUCUGUUGAUGAAUUACUAUUUCAAGUAGCUACUGAUCAAUAUGAAAAUGAUAAACCAUUUAUUAUCGAUUGCGAAGCAGAAGGAGAACCUGCUCCGAAAUAUCGUUGGAUGAAAAAUGGUAAGAACUUUGAUUGGCAAGCAUAUGAUGACAGAAUAGCUCAACAGCCUGGUUGUGGUUCACUCGUUGUUACCAGACCUAGAGAUGAAGAUUUUGGACAAUAUCAGUGUUUUGCUGAAAAUACAUGGGGUAUAGCUACUACUAAAUCUGUGAUGGUUGUGAAGGCUGAACUAAAUUCGUUUAACAAUGAACCAAACAUCUAUAUUGAUGCUCAAGAAGGUGAGCCAUUUAAACUGACUUGUCAUCCUCCGACUGGAUGGCCUAAACCAAUUGUAAAUUGGAUAAAAAAGGUAAAAGAUGACAGUAUAAAAAUUGCUGAUAACCAUAGAAUGACGACAGACCCAGAGGGUAAUCUUUGGUUUUCAAAUGUAACGCGAAAUGACGCUAGCUUUACGUAUUAUUGUUCUGCCAAGUCGUUGAUAAUGAAUGAAUAUAAAUUAAGCAAUCCUGUAAAUGUGAAUGUUAUUCAAAAUGCUGAAAUAUUUUUACAAAAUAAAUAUCCACCUAUUCGACAAUAUGUAUCCAGAAGGAAUGAAGUAGCAUUGUUGAAUAAAAAAAUUGAAUUGUUUUGUAUUUAUGGCGGAACCCCAUUGCCUCAAACUAUUUGGUUUAAAGAUGGAAUACCUAUACGAUUCAAUAAACGGAUUAUUUUAGAAAAUUAUGGCAAAAGUUUGACUAUUUGGAAAGUAAAUUUUGAAGAUGGAGGAAAUUAUACGUGUGAAGUUAGCAAUGGUGUGGGGUUACCCGAGUCGUAUAAUAUUUUACUUGAUGUCAUGGCUGUACCGAUUUUCACUGUUAUUCCACAAAUUGUGGAAGGAGGCGAAGGAGAAACUGCAGUUAUUAAAUGUGAAGCAAGUGGAAAUCCACAACCAUCAAUUAAAUGGAUUCAUAAUGGUCGUCCACUGAGUGAAGUAUCACCAAAUCCAAGACGUUUUGUCACUUCUAAUUCUAUUACAAUUACACCAUUGACUAAGUAUGAUACUGGAAAUUAUGGUUGUAAUGCUACUAACAGUAUUGGAUAUGUUUACAAGGAUGUUUAUAUUAAUGUAUUAGCUUUGGCUCCUGAAAUCACUGAACUUCCACUUAAUGUAAAAACUUUUGAUGGUAGUACUACUACGGUAAUUAAAUGUAAGCCAUAUGGAGUACCUAAACCACAUGUAAAGUGGAUAAAAAACGAUAUAGAAUUAACUGGUGGACGAUAUUCAACAUUAGAUAAUGGUGAUUUACAAAUAAGUAAAGUUAGUUUUAUUGAUGCUGGGAUUUAUACUUGCAUUGCUACUAAUAAUUAUGGAACUGCAAGUGCAUCUGGAAUACUUACUGUUAAAGAACGUACAGAAAUUAUCACUGAACCUGAAGACAAUGUGGUUAUUGCUGGAUCAGUGGCAAUAUUUCAUUGUGUAGCAACUGCAGAUCAUUCUUUGCAUCUUAACAUUGACUGGUUAAUUAACGGUGAACUUAUAGAUUAUGACACCCAAACUCGUUUCGUCAAAACUAAUGACUAUUCUUUGAUUAUUACUAAAACUAUUGAAUUGGACUCUGGAAUUUAUACAUGCUUAGCUAAAACUGAGUUGGACCAAGUUACAGCUAAUGCCACCUUUAUUGUUCAAGACAAACCAAAUCCACCAACAUUAUUGGAAAUUAUUUGUAAUAAAAUAAAUGCAGUUGUAAAAUGGCGACCUAAUGGAGAUAAUCGUGCACCUAUACUACGUUAUGUUAUUGAGUACAAUACCAGUUUUGAACCUGGCACUUGGUUAGUUGCAUCAGAUGAUGUAUCUGCAGCUGAUCUCAUGUUUAUUGUACCAAUGACACCAUGGGCAAAUUUUACAUUUCGAGUGAUUGCAAUGAACAAAAUUGGUAAGUCAAAUCCAUCUUUACAUUCAAGUGUUUGUACCACUCAGCCAGAUGUACCUUUUAAAAAUCCAGAAAAUAUUGAAGUUUAUGGUACUAAAGCGUCUAACCUUGUUGUUCAUUGGACACCAAUGCCAAAAAUUGCUCAUAACGCUCCUGACUUAAGAUAUAAAGUUUAUUGGAAACAAGAUAUGCCUGGAAAAGUCUGGAAUAUAAAUGAAACAUCAAAUUAUACUAUAAAUGAAUUAGUUAUCCCAAAUCAACCGACAUACAGACGUUAUAAAGUAAAAAUAGUUGCAUUUAAUGAAAAAGGUGAAUCUAAUGGAUUUCAAAAAGAAGUCAUUGGAUAUUCAGGCGAAGAUAUUCCAGUUGAUAUACCUAAAAAUCUAACUGUUUUAAAUGUUACUGGAAGUAAAAGUGCUAUAUUGAGUUGGGAACCUGUGUCACCUGAAUCUGUAAAAGGAGACUUUAAAGGCUACAAAAUCCAAUUUUGGGCUGAUAGAGAUGGAGAAGAUAAUAAGAUUGAAGAGAAAGUUAGUUUUGAUAAAACAACAAUGGAAAUUAAAAAUUUUUUUCCAAAUGCUAAAAAUUAUGUAUGUAUUUUUGCAUACAAUAGUCGUUUUAAUGGACAACAUAGUCCGUCAAUAUUUUUUAAUACACCUGAAGGAGUCCCUGAGCCUGUUAAUGGAGUAGAGGCUAAACAAUGGGGUUCUUCCGCAAUUCUUUUAAGUUGGCAACCACCAGACAAAGCUAAUGGGGUAUUGACCGGCUACGAGAUUUCAUAUGAAUCAAUGACUCAACAAGGGGUUGGCGAAAGAGUACAACGUCCAUCUAUUACCAAUCCUAAACAGACUAUUGCCAAAUUGACUUCAUUAAAACCAUCAACUAAUUAUCGAAUUUACAUCAAAGCAACUACAAAAGCUGGUGUUAGUGAACCAUUUUUUAUCGAACAGCAAACCAAAUCUCCUUUACCAGUAGACUCUAAACUAGAUAAGCCAGUGUUCAGUUAUGUACAUAAAGCAUACAAUAAAGUUUUUGAUACAGUUUGUAUUUUAUGGACACCAAACCUUGAAGGAAACCCAGGAUCUCACUUCUUUGUGAAAUACAAACUUAAAUCUGACUACUUGUAUGAAGAAACUAAACAUGAAUUUGACAAGAAUUUUAUUAAUGUAAAAGGUUUGAAACCAGGAAAAUUGUAUGAAUUAAUUGUAGUUGUUGUUGAUGGAGAUAUCACACAAGAAUCUGAUAUUGUUGAAAUUGAAGCUUUAAGCAAUACAGCAGGUAUCAUAGAAGCAGAAGAAACAACUGCAUGGUUCUAAAUCCAUUCAAAUAAAAAGAAAUUAAUUAAAAAACACAUAAACAUAUCAAUUAUUGGGAAAUCUAAAUGAUUUAAUCACCAUAUUUUUUUACCUAUAAGCUAUCAUUGAUUAAGUUUAUAUUUUAUUAAUUAUUCUACUUACCUAACUUACCUAUGUAAUUAAAUUAAAUAUAUUCAAACAUA